AAUCAUGAUUCAGGGGGAUUGUCGACAUCGUUCAAACAACUCAAGGCAAACCUGGCUCUCUCGGCGGUAGGUGCACUGACAGGAGUCGGUGUCCCUAUGGCUCUAUCAUUUGUACUGAUACGUCUAGUUGGCGCAACUCCUCUCCAGGCAUUUGGCGCUGGGGCGGCGUUGUGUUCAACAAGCAUUGGUACGACGUUUACAAUCCUGUCCACAACUGGUCUCCACAACUCAAGACUGGGGACAGUCUUGAGCGGCGCCGCCAUGAUGGACGAUGUCGCAGGCCUAGUCAUGGUCCAGAUAAUAUCGAACCUUGGUGGUUCUGGCUCUGACUCGGUCAGUGCAGCCACAGUGGUUCGCCCCAUAUGCGUGGCGAUUGGUUUCGCAAUUGCCGUGGUUUUCAUUGCCGGCCUUGUGGUCAAGCCAGUCUCGCGCAGGCUGGGAUCAAUGAACCUGGGUUCUUUACCCCAAGGCUAUGCGUGCCCCGUGACCUUCGUUUUGCACAUGGCGACUCUGAUCGGGUUCGUGGCGGGAGCAUCCUAUGCCGGCACAUCCUCCCUCUUUGCUGCCUAUCUUGCUGGCGCCAGUAUCUCCUGGUUUGACGAUCUCAAGUCUACAGCCGAGGAGAAUCCACAUGUCGGCGGAAUCACACCCGCCGCUGAAGGAGCAGCCCAUCAAUCAGGCAUUGAGAUGGCAGAUCAAAGCGGAGCUACCGUCUCUUGUUCGACCGAGAGUCCCGAGCAGGACACGGGUUUGCGUUCGAGCUGUGCGUUAAAACCCUCCAGAACCAUCACUGGUCAAGACACCUUUGAGGCUUACUGCUUACAACCACUUCACUUUAUUCUUUGUCCUUUCUUCUUCGCAUCCAUCGGUUUUGCUAUCCCUAUCACAAAAAUGUUUCAAGGGCAGGUUGUCUGGCGCGGCAUCGUAUAUACUAUUCUCAUGGCACUAGGCAAAGUCGUGACAGGUAUCUGGUUGCUGCCUGUCUCGACCAAUCCAAUGGCUGGGCUCAAGAAGAUGAGAAAAUUAAUUGCGAUUCUGCUCACAUGGUGCACAUCAAAAACACGAAAGUCGGCGACAAAGCAGGGUCGUGCAAUAGACCGAAAAGAGCGCAAAUCUACCGCUGGUUCACCCCUAUCAAGGACUGCUCUGUCAAAUCAACAACCUGCCGAUGUCGCCAACACCCCUUCUACUUCUGACACCACUUCUUCUCUGAAACCGCAUCGGUCUCUCUACCCGUCUUCCAUUUUCGGACUAGCGAUGAUCGCACGAGGUGAGAUAGGUUAUCUCAUUGCAUCUGUGGCAGAGUCGGGCGGCUUGUUCGCUCAACCGGAAAAGGGAGACAGCGGAGGCGACUCGGAGAUAUAUUUGAUUGUGAUAUGGGCCAUCACUUUGUGUACGAUUAUAGGACCAGUCUGCGUGGGGACGCUUGUCAAACGCGUGAAGAAGCUGCAGAGUCAAAGAAGUCAAUCUGGGAGUCCGGAUCCCCUGGGUGUGUGGGGUUUGCCUUAG